GGACAAGGGCUGAAUGAAAAGUUCCACCAGACUCUCAGAAGUCACCGCCUAAGCAUCAAACCUGAAUAACCGGGACAGAUGUAAGGUCAGGCGACUUUCAGUGGUUCCCGCCUGCCCACGCUGCAGGUUUUUCAGGUCUCUGCUUGAGCGUGCACUCCCAGGCGUAAAUAAACGUGCGAUCCGCAGCCGCGUCAGCCAGCAGGCUAUUUAAGCCGACAGGCACCGGCAUCCGCUGUUCCCCAGCUGCUCCCCAGCCCAGAGCUCGCCCGCCCAGUCUUCCACACGCGCACGGACCAUGUCGGCGCAGACCGCGAGCGGCCCCACGGAGGACCAGGUGGAGAUCCUGGAGUACAACUUCAACAAGGUCAACAAGCACCCGGACCCCACCACGCUGUGCCUCAUCGCAGCCGAGGCGGGCCUCACGGAGGAGGAGACGCAGAAAUGGUUUAAGCAGCGCCUGGCGGAGUGGCGACGGUCAGAAGGCUUGCCUUCGGAAUGCAGAUCUGUUACGGACUAGGGAGCCAGGCCCUUGAGCGUGCUCCGGGAACUCCAUCUGUUCUUCCUUGCCUCAGUUUACCCAGGCUGUUUUGAUGUUUCAGUGCAGUGUUGAAUGUCUCAUCGUUUGCUGUCCUGCUAUUUAACACAGUGUGUUUUUGUAAAUGUAUAUAACUAAACAACAAAACAACAGGAAGCUAAAUGCAGUUCUUUGUAAAGCGAUGGCUUGGCUGGGAAAGGGGUGUGGCUUGCAUUUCCCUUUGGAUUUUAAUGAAAGAUGAGUGGGAACAUUUUUUGUUUGUCCUUGGCCAGCACCUUCCAGUAGCAAUUCAUAUGUACCAUUCACUCAGAACCACCAGGCUUCUACUGAAGAGAUCCCACCUCCCUCCGGAGCCCACGUCCCUGUGCCCUUUCCUCUCGCGUCACUGAACACGCUGGUGGUUGAAUGAGGACGUGGGUGUAUUAGAGUCAUUCAGAUUUUAUAUAUUUGAAUUGUGUAUAUGUAUAAAACAGUUCCUUCUCGUACAGCUGUGUUGCCUUGGGAAUCAACCCAGUUUAGCAGCUACAGAUUCCAAGGGGCAAAGCAAGUAGCUAAGAAAGAAAAAAAAGUUACAGAGUCUAGAAUUUACCUUAUUUAAAUGAACUUGUUAAAUUUAUUUUGCUGAAUAAAAUGAAUUGCUUUUUGUCUUAAAAAUUAUAUUCUAAAUAAAAAACUUUAAGUUGAAAUUUCA